ACUCAAACCCGUGUAUCCGAAAAUAUGGCUAUGCCCACCCUAGCAUAGCCCGUAGCACCCGUAUCCGCACGGGCGCAACUUACCAAAAUUUACAUCACAUCCUCAACAAAGACGAUUUUUCUUUCCUCACCCAUGAGAUGAUGAGCCUUAAACCAGAAACUAUUAAAUUCAACGGGUCAAUAAAUAGCUUAUUCUCCCGCCAUCUAUGAGCCAUUACGGAGAUUUCUUGAAACACCAUAAGCGUCUACUCCUGCUUCUGAAAUAUUGUUCAAACACUCCUUCCCUUCGCAACACCAAACCUCUUCAUGCACUCGUCAUCACUUUGGGCCCAAAAUCUACCCAACCCACCUUCCUUUUCAACAAUGUCAUCUCUAUCUACGCAUCAGUCGGCGAACUAUCAUCAGCGCGUAAGGUGUUCGAUAAAAUGCCGGAAAGAAACGUGGUGUCAUUUAAUACUAUAAUUAGUAGUUACAGUAGAAGUGGAUAUGUAGAGGAAGCUUGGAGAAUAUUUAAUUAUAUGAGAAAUUGUGGAUUUUGGUCGACCCAGUUCACGUUGGGUGGGUUACUGUCAUGUGAUUUGAUUGAUUUUUGCAAGGGAGUUCAGUUGCAUGCUUUGAUUGUGAAGAAUGGUUUGUUUACAGCUGAUGUAUUUGUAGGGACUGCUUUGUUAGGAUUAUAUGGAAAGCAUGGGAUCUUGGAUGAGGUGGUUUGUGCAUUUGAGGAUAUGCCUAAGAAGAGUUUAGUGACGUGGAAUUCGAUAAUAUCUUUUUUUGGGCGAUAUGGAUUUGUUGAAGAUUGUAUAUUUUUCUUUUGUGAUCUUGUCAGGGAAAAGAUUUCUUUGUCCGAAGGUUCUUUUGUGGCUGUUUUAUCAGGUUUUAUAAGUGAACAAUAUUUGGAAUCAGGAGAACAGAUACAUGGUUUGGUGAUUAAAUACGGACUUGAUAAUGAAGUUUCUGUUGUGAAUUCUGUUAUUAACAUGUAUGUGAAAUGUAUGUGCAUCUGCUCAGCAGAGAAAAUGUUCAAGGAGGUGAAAGUUGGGGAUGUUGUAUCUUGGAAUACAAUUAUUGGUGCAUUGGUAAAGAACGAAAAACCUGAAAAAGCAUUGGAAUUUUUCUUAAGGAUGUCUGAGGAUCAAGAGUGCCCUAAUGAUACCUCAUUUGUAUAUGUUAUCAAUUCUUGUGCUGCUUUGCAGAUCCCAGGGUAUGGAAAAUCUAUCCAUGCUAAAAUAAUAAAAAAUGGAUUAGAAUGUCAUGUUUUUGUGGGCAGUGCAUUAGUUGACUUCUAUGUGAAAUGUGAUAAUUUGGAAGAUGCUCAUCUAUCUUUUGAUGAAAUAUUUGAUAAGAAUGUGGUUUCUUGGAAUUCGUUGAUAUUGGGUUAUGCAAAUAAAUAUUCUUCUACUUCUAUGCUUCUACUGAUAGACAUGCUUCAACUAGGUUACCAACCGAAUAAAUUUACAUUUUCUCAUUUACUUAAAUCAUCAAUUGCCUUAGAGCUUUCUCAGCUUCAUUGUUUGAUUAUAAGAAUGGGAUACCAGAACAAUGAGUAUGUAUUGAGCUCCCUCAUGAAUUCAUAUGCCAAAAAUGGUCUCAAAUCAGAUGCUAUAGCUCUUGCCACAUUUUUCAACUCACCAAUUGCUGUCGUCCCCUCUAACAUCAUUGCUAGAAUUUAUAACAGGUCUGGUCAGUAUCAUGAAGCACUGAAAUUGCUUUCUCUGCUUGAAGAACCUGACAUAGUAUCUUGGAACACUGCGAUUGAAGCUUGUGCUCAUAAUGGUAAUUAUGCAGAAGUUUUUGAACUUUUUAAAUGCAUGCAAAUGGCUGAAAUCCAUCCAGACAAUUGUACGUUUGUUAGCCUCUUAAGUGCGUGCACCAAAGUAUGCAGCCUUGCUUUGGGCUGUUCACUUCAUGCUCUCAUCGUAAAGACUGAUACAAAGCAUUGUGACACAUUUUUGUUCAAUGUGUUAAUAGACAUGUAUGGAAAAUGUGGGAGCAUUGGAAGUUCAAUAAAAAUAUUUGAAACAGUGACAGAUAAAAACGUAAUCACAUGGACUACUCUGAUUUCAGCUCUUGGACUCAAUGGCCAUGCUUACCAGGCAUUACAAAAGUUCAGGGAGAUGGAAAUUUUGGGGUUUAAGCCUGACAGGGUUGCUUUCCUUGCAGUGCUUACAGCUUGCAGACAUGGUGGCUUAGUCGAAGAAGGGAUGGAGUUGUUUGACCUAAUGAAAAGUAAUUAUGGGGUUGAGCCAGAAAUGGAUCAUUAUCAUUGUUUGGUGGACUUACUGGCCAAUCAAGGAUAUCUGAAGGAAGCUGAGAAAAUGAUAGCUACAAUGCCUUUUCCACCAAAUGCCCCUAUAUGGCGUAGUUUCCUCGGAGGCUGCAGGAGACAAAACGGUAGAAUAUGAGGCAGGGAUGAGCUCUAUGACAUAUUAGUCCUAUUAUGAUUACACAGAUUCCUCAUUUCUUCACAUUGAAGUCAUCUAGACUAUGGUUUAAUAGCUCACACAACAUGGAAUGGCUAGAUGAAUGUAUUAUUUUGAUUGGCAGAUAUCUUUCUUAGCACUUGUGGUCAAUGCGCCAAAGAGUGGGGAAUUUCUGAAACCUUGCUGUUCGUCAUCAGACAGAGCUGGCCCUUGUUCCUCUACCAACGAUAACACAUUACAUUACUCUAGCAGUAUCUGUGACUACAGGCAAGGCAAGGUAUUAUUGUAACUAACAGUUCCUUAAGGUGUUGCUUUGUUCUUCGCUUCAAAAUACGUCAAAAUGAUUCCCUCAUGAGAAGACAAAAUAAAGAAAAUAGGUAAAUUUUCCAUCUGCAUUUGAGAAAGAAAGAUUUCAUGUGCAUGAAGCUACUUUUCUUUUAUACUCUGAAAGUACCUUUAACAGACAGACAGGAGGGUAUUAAGAAACGAGCAAUGCAAUGUUUACACACAUUUGAGAAUAUAAUUGAAUAUAUCAUCAUGUGAU